AUGAAUCUAUCAUUUGCGGGUUGCGGAUUCUUGGGCAUCUACCACGUCGGAGUCGCCGUUUGCUUUAAGAAAUAUGCUCCACACCUAUUGCUAGAGAAAAUUGGUGGAGCUUCGGCCGGUUCCCUGGCAGCAUGCUGCCUGCUCUGUGAUUUGCCAUUGGGCAGCAUGACAUCGGACUUCUUUCGGGUGGUGAACGAGGCGCGGCGCUAUUCACUGGGUCCCUUCAGUCCCUCCUUCAACAUACAGACCUGCCUGCUGGAGGGGCUGCAGAAGCAUCUGCCCGACGACGCCCACAAGCGCGUCAACGGACGGCUGCACAUCUCCCUGACCCGCGUCUACGAUGGCAAGAAUGUGAUCAUCUCCGAGUUUGAGUCGCGCGAGGAGGUGCUGCAGGCGCUGCUCUGUGCGUGCUUCAUACCGGGCUUCUCGGGGAUUCUGCCGCCACGGUUCCGGGGCGUUCGCUACAUGGACGGCGCCUUCUCCGACAAUCUGCCCAUUCUGGACGAGAACACCAUCACGGUCAGUCCGUUCUGCGGGGAGAGCGACAUCUGUCCGCGGGACCAGAGCUCCCAGCUGUUCCACCUGAACUGGGCCAACACCAGCAUCGAGAUCUCCAGGCAGAACAUCAAUCGAUUUGUACGGAUUCUGUUCCCGCCGCGGCCCGAGUUUCUCAGCAAGUUCUGCCAGCAGGGCUUCGAUGAUGCCCUACAAUUCCUGCAUCGCAACAAUCUAAUCAACUGCCGCCGCUGCGUGGCGGUACAGUCCACGUUUGUCGUCUCCGAGACAGUGGCCCAGCCGCAGGAGUUCGACCCAGAGUGCAGGGAGUGCAAAAAGCAUAGAAAGGACGCUUUGAGCUCAAACAUGCCACAAACAGUUCUGGAUGUGAUACAGGACUACAUCGAGCAGGCGAACAAGGGCCUGGCCAACUGGAUCUUCAAGCAUCGGGGCAUCAAGCUGCUCUCGCUGCCAGCCACAGUGCCCAUGGACUUUUUCCUGGCCACCAUAUCCAAAAUAACGACCCUGACACCCAAACUCACCAAGCAAGCGCGACAAAUGGUGGAGGAGUUGAUCAACCAAUUGAACAACGCCAUGCAAAUACGCCUGCUCAAUAAAUUCACGCUGUAUGAUCAGCCGCACUUCGAUGCCACUGGACUGCUUCACUCGAACCGAUUAUAUGGACCCAGAGUCUCCAUUCUGGUGGAUGAGUGCGGUGCCACUCCCCUGGAGGACGAUGUCGACAACUUUGAGCACGUUCUCAAGAUGACCACGCACAACGAUGCUCUCUACGCCUACUACUACACCGACAACAACACGAACAAGGUGAAGGUGACCGAGAUCUUCGACUUCGAUGAUAUGACGGAGCACGAUGAACUGGCCACCGACCUGCAGAUCUACGAGGGCUCCGUCGAGGACCAUCCGAAUCCCCACCAGCACAGCCACAACACGGUCGUCAGCGAGUGGAAUGGCGUCGAGUCAGACUUUUUCAUCGAUGCUCAGACGCCAAACGUGGAUGUACCGAAACCAACGAACGCGCCACAAUUUCUUCCCCGACUGGACUUUGAGGCCGAGUCAGACGCUAGUGUCCUCAGUGAUCCCGAGGCGGAUCAAAGUUUUAGUGCCUCUACGCAAAACAACGACAUGUACAUAGAAAUUGAAUGAGAGAUGAGAUGAGCCAUAAGCCAGCAGCCAUCAGCCAGCAGCUAGCAGCGAACGUAACUUUAGUCUCGUCAUAUGAACUGUAACGAAACAUCUCCAAAGCGGCUCGUAGCAAAGCGAAAGGCCUUUGUAGCCUUAGUUUCCAUUAGAAUGUAAUCCUAGUUUUAGUACGACCAACGUAUGUACCUAACUUAACAUAGCGCGUAUGCUGCCAUUGUAUCCCCUCUCCCCGCACAUCCCGUCAGCCUGUAAGCGGCAAUUAGAAAGUAAUUGCCUUCUUGUUAUUAGAAAUGGAGGCGGAACUCGCUCUCCUCACACGACUUGUAAUACCCAUGCCCAAUUGUCUUAGAUCUAAGUUGAUAAACUAUAAAAUAAAAUAAAAUACAAUAAAAUAAAUCGCGAAGAAACAAAA